AUGCGAGCGCACUACGCGGCCGCGGCGAAGUGGCUGCCGCUGCUGCAGCUCGCGCGCGAGCUUCGCAACGUGCGGGAACUCGAGUUGGUAUUCGGCGACAGACUGUGGUGUGCAGUUGAGGCGGCCGUCGAAGAAAACUCGCCUCGCAGUUCGCGGCACAUUUCGUCUGGUGACUUGCUUUUGCGCUUUCUCUGGUGCGCCGUAGUAACGCAAUACUCAACUCGCCUCAUCAAACUCAUUCCAAAGCUUCUCAAGCUCGUCCCCGAGAAGGCCGAACCGGCGCUCGCUUCUCUGAACCCGCUUCACGGUCUUUAUCCGCACCCGCGAGGUGCAGCAGCUGAGGCUUCUGGCGAAGGUGCUGACGCGCAUCGAAGUUCUGCAGAAUCUCCGCUACGUCUUUCAGCUUCCUCCUGUCGCUCGCGCGUCCUCCGUCCGCAGCCACCGCCGCCCCGCCCCCAUGGAAGCUCAGCGCUGCCCAGCCUGCGGACUGUGGCGAUUUCUGGGCGAAACAAACGCAGCGCCCUCGCGGUCGCGAAGUCACUGACGCCCCACCCUUCCGCUUCGGCUUCGGCUCCUGCCGAUUCUUCUUCCGAAGGCAACACGUGUGGAGCUCAGUCGGAGGCGUCCGCUGCUGGGGAAGGCCGGUCGCUUCCUCGUUCUUCUCCCCGUCUCUCUCCGCCCCCUGCAUCCGGCUGUGUAUCUCUGAGCUGCUCUUCUUCGUCUGCUUGUUCGCGGUCUUUAGCGUCUUCUCCGUCGUUGCGUCCUCGCUCUCUCCGCGACUCUCCCGAGUCUUGUCACUCCGGCGAGUCUUCCGCGCGCGUAGGCCCUCGUCUGCCCCCCGAACCUCAUGUGGAAGGCUCCACAGACCCGCGGCUCGCAGCGGCGUCGGCGCCCCUCCCUUCGGCGCGUGGGGGUUCGCCAGUCUGCGCGAUGCAGUCUAACUGGCUGGAGGAGAUUGCGUUGCUGCACAUGCCGCUGGAGAGCUGCGGAUUCGCCUUCGCCGCCGUGCGAGAAGCGGGCGACAGCGCCGCGCGCGUCGUGGCUCUUCAGUCGACCACUCUCAUGUACAAGAAGCUCGAGUUUUCACUCUCCUUGCAAAAAAAAGCGUCGCUCGCCUGCUUCAACAUCGUCCUCGUUAAUUGUGCGUGGCUUCGUCGUCAUCCAAGCGCGCAAGGGAGGAGACACUCGACGCUUUCAACACAAAGGGCGCGCUUCUGCGUCGGGUGCCUCUCUGAAGGCUCCUGA